UGUGGGGGAGGAGGCGGGGGGAGAGCCGGGCGCCGCUCCCAGUAAGGGCGGACUGGGCGGACUGGGAGGGGAGCGGGAGCGCUGGGCAGGCCGGUUUUGGGUCCUGCUGAGGAGCAGAGCGGCGGCCGGAGCAACCAGCGGGUGUCCCCUGCAGGCGUCGCACCAUGAGUCCGCCCGUGGCCGGAGAGAAGCGCCCGGCUCUGGUCACCUGCACAGCGCCUGUCAACAUCGCGGUGGUCAAGUACUGGGGGAAACGUGAUGAAAAGCUGAUCCUGCCUAUUAAUUCAUCCCUCAGCAUUACCCUGCACCAAGAUCAGCUAAAAACGACCACCACAGCCGCCUUCAGCCGAGACUUUGUGGAAGACCGUCUCUGGCUGAACGGGGAGCCGGCCGAUAUCGGGCACCCCCGUCUCCAGUCUUGCCUGCGGGAAAUCCGUCGUCUGGCUAGGAAGCGCCAUGGCGAGAGCAGUGGGGGUGAUGAGGGGGACCCGCUUCCCCUGAGCUACAAAGUCCACAUAGCCUCAGAGAACAAUUUUCCCACUGCAGCGGGCCUGGCCUCUUCUGCUGCUGGCUAUGCUUGCCUGGUCUACACCCUGGCCCGGCUCUAUGGUGUGGAGGGGGAUCUGUCCGAAAUUGCUCGCCAGGGCUCUGGGAGCGCCUGUCGAAGUAUGUUUGGAGGCUUCGUGCAGUGGGUGAUGGGGGACGAUGCUGAUGGCAAAGACAGUGUGGCCCAACAGGUGGCGCCAGAGACGCACUGGCCGGAGCUGCGGGUCUUGAUUCUGGUGGUGAGUGCGGAGAAGAAAGUGGUGGGCAGCACAGCCGGAAUGCAGACCAGCGUGAAGACCAGCCGCUUGUUGAAGCACCGGGCCGAGGCCGUGGUCCCAGAGCGCAUGGUCCAGAUGAUUCACCACAUCCAGCAGAGGGAUUUUGAGGCUUUUGGUCAGCUCACCAUGAAGGACAGCAACCAGUUCCACGCCAUCUGCUUGGACACCUUCCCGCCCAUCUUCUACCUCAGCGACACCUCCAAGCAAGUGAUUGCCCUGGUGCACCGCUUCAAUGCCCACCACGGGAAGACUAAAGUGGCCUAUACGUUCGAUGCCGGUCCCAACGCCGUCCUUUUCCUGCUAGAUGAGACGCUGGAGGAAUUUGUGGAGGUGGUCAAACGCAGCUUCCCCCCCAAGAGUAACGGAGACCAGUUUCUCAAAGGUCUUUCCGUGAAGGCAGCGAGUCCCUCGGAGGAGCUGCUGGCGGAGGUGGUUCGGGAUCCUAUCCCAGGCGCCAUCCGGUACCUGCUGAUCACCAAGCCUGGCCCAGGACCAUCAGUUGUGGAUGAUGGGAGCUGCCAUCUCCUGGGGGAAGACGGGAUGCCAGGAAGCAGCAGCUGAGCCAAGAGCAGCUCCUCUCUGGGGCUGCCCCAGAGCCAGCCAGUUGGAGGGGGGGGGGGAGAGGCCUGGCUGACAGUCGCUUCUUGCUGGGCGCAAAAGGGAUAAUUUUUGAGGGUCCUUUCCUGUCCUCAUCACCUGUUUCGUACUCUGCUUUUUGAUUCGGCACCUUGAGUCUUGUGGACGUCCCUGGCCCAUAACUAUUGAUACAAAUUAAUAACCUUCAGUUUCUUUGAUACGGUUUUAUUAUUAAGAGAGGUUAAUAAUAAAUGAGAUAUUCUGCGUGGCU